AUGCAUAUCACUAUCGUCCAAAAUUUUAUUGAGAGCGGCUACAUCAGCGACGAGCAAGAAAUCUACCUCCACUGGAUGUUCGCCAUACUUUUCAUGGUCGUCGCCAUCUUCGGCGUCCUUAGCAACGCAGUAAACAUUCGCACCUUCGUUACUAUGGGAGUCGAGGACGGCGUCACCGUGUCUUUUCUCGUCCUGUCCGUGUCGGACCUCGUCUUCGUGCUGGCCACGAUCAGCAUGGGGAUUUUAACGGCGUUUUGGGCUCUCGAGAUGGACACCCACUACCACACCUGGUUUACUGUCGACCCGUUUGGCGCCUACAUCCUAUCAGCGAACGUCAGUUUUCUCCUCUACGUCAUGACGAUGCUGACCACCAUGUUUUUGGCCAUAGCCCGUUCAAUGUGCGUGGCUAAACCGCUCCAUUUUAAAAACUCGUUCACGAUGAAGCGUACGCUGUGUAUCCUUUUAUCAUUCGCCGUGUUCACAGUGUUGAGUUAUCUCCCUGUUCUUGUUAACAUGGGGAUGAGUUCAGAGUUCGAUGCCAGAGUUAACUCCAGUAGAGACUUACUCUGGAUCACACCUGAAAGGGAGAAAAUCAAGGUCAUAGUUUGGACUAUACGAGACUCACUACUCUCCGUCGUCUCUCAAUUUGUUCUGAUAUCUUGCGUCGCGAUCAUGUCGUAUAACUUAAGAAAAUCCUUGGAGUUUCGACGCAAAGCGAUGCUGCCUGAUACAAACACACAGCCAAAUAAAAACAGGAAAACAAAAAGAUUCUCCGGACAAUUCAAAGGGAAAGACUUGCAGAUUAUCCAACAAGUUACCUUUGUUUCAAUCCUGUACAUCUUCUGCAACUUCCCGAAAAUUCUGGUCAACAUUUCCCAGUUCUCGGUGCCGGAACUGACCAUCGGGAAGCGGUACCAGAACAUCAGCUACAACAUCGUCAACACCAUGACCUUCUCACAGCUCGUCAACUGCAGCCUCAAUUUUCUCGUCUACUACAAGUUCAAUUCUAAAUUUAGAAGCUGCUGUGUGGUUAACCACAAAUGA